GCGCCGCAGGUACGGACUAGCGGGGCGGCACCUGCCCGGAGACCAGAGCGGACCCUCCCUCUGCGCUGAGCUGAAGUGAGGGGAAACCCGAGGCGUUCCUUGGAGAAGGUGGUGCGUACUGGGGCGGCAUCUGAUGAAGAAAGACGCGGUGCCCCGAAGCCCCUGAGCUGAAAAGGCCAAAGAAGGGGCAGUAUGGCGUGGCCCAAACUGCCCGCACCUUGGCUGCUGCUCUGCAUCUGGCUCCCAGCAGGGUGCCUGUCCUUGCUUGUGACGGUCCAGCACACAGAACGCUAUGUUACCCUGUUUGCCUCUGUCGUCCUCAAAUGUGACUACACCACCUCUGCCCAGCUCCAGGAUGUGGUGGUGACAUGGCGCUUCAAGUCCUUCUGCAAGGACCCUAUCUUUGACUACUACUCAGCGUCAUAUCAGGCAGCUUUAUCCCUGGGCCAGGACCCAUCCAAUGACUGCAACGACAACCAGCGGGAAGUUCGCAUCGUGGCACAGCGGCGGGGGCAGAAUGAGCCCGUGCUGGGGGUAGAUUACCGGCAGCGCAAGAUCACCAUCCAGAACCGAGCAGAUCUUGUGAUUAAUGAAGUGAUGUGGUGGGACCAUGGAGUGUACUACUGCACCAUUGAGGCUCCAGGGGACACAUCAGGAGACCCUGAUAAGGAGGUGAAGCUCAUCGUCCUGCACUGGCUGACAGUAAUCUUCAUCAUCCUGGGAGCCCUCCUCCUCCUGCUGCUGAUUGGAGUGUGCUGGUGCCAGUGCUGUCCUCAGUAUUGCUGCUGCUACAUCCGCUGCCCCUGCUGUCCCGCCCGCUGCUGCUGUCCUGAAGAAGUCCUGGCCCGCCACCGCUACAUGAAGCAGGCCCAGGCCCUAGGUCCUCAGAUGAUGGAAAAACCCCUGUACUGGGGGGCGGACAGGAGCUCCCAGGUUUCAUCUUAUCCAAUGCACCCGCUGCUGCAGCGAGAUUUGUCCGUGCGGUCCAGCCUCCCUCAGAUGCCAAUGACCCAGACCACCAGUCGCCCUCCCAUCACCAAUGGUGUCCUGGAGUAUUUGGAGAAUGAACUGCGGAACCUCAACCUGGCCCAGCCUCUGCCGCCUGACCUCAAAGCCAGAUUCGGCCAUCCCUGCAGCAUGCUGUCCUCCCUGGGCUCCGAGGUCGUGGAACGCAGAAUAAUCCACCUGCCCCCACUGUCAUCUUCAAGGAGGACCAAUGACUCCCUGCACCAGCAGUGGCUCACCCCAAUUCCCUCCAGGCCCUGGGAUCUGAGGGAGGGGAGAAGGCAGCAUCAUUACCCUGAUUUCCACCAGGAGCUCUGGAAUCAGGGGCCAAAGUCUUGGGCAUUGGAAAGAAGGGAGCUGGACCCAUCAUGGAGUGGAAGGCGCCAUAGCUCUAGGCUGAACGGGUCACCCAUACACUGGUCAGACAGGGACAGCCUAAGUGACGUCCCCUCGUCCAGCGAGACACACUGGCAGCCAAGCCACCCUCCGUUCAGGAGCCGCUGUCAGGAGAGGCCCCGCAGGCCCAGCCCCCGGGAGAGCACUCAGAGGCACAGGAGACGUUGCAGGCACCGCAGCUAUUCCCCUCCCUUGCCCUCCGGCCUUAGUUCCUGGAGCUCUGAAGAGGAGAAGGAGAGGCAACCCCAGGGCUGGGGGGCCCACCGCCGCCACUCGCACACCCCACACUGGCAUGAGGAGAAGCCGCCUAGCUACCGCUCACUGGAUGUCACUCCAGGCAAGAAUGACAGGAAAAAAGGGAGUGUGGAGAGGCGCUCGGAGAAAGACAGCUCUCAUAGUGGAAGGAGUGUGGUCAUUUAGUCACCAAGCACAGUACAACUUCUGUGGCUACUUCUUGGCUCCUAUGUGUCAUCAGCAUCACCUAGAUUUCCAGCUGACUUAGGACCUGCAAGUCUGAAUCUAACAAUUUUGGCUUAGAUUCUGAGAAUCAAAAAGAAGAAUUUUAAAUACAAGGGUUUGAAC